UUAAUUUUAAUCACUUUUUUAACUCUGUGAGAGGAGAGAGAGAGAUCUCUCGCCGGUAGAAAAAAAAUUCUCAUCUCCCCCCACGGCGAGCGAAACUUCCGGCGAAAUCUUUAAAGUAGAGAGAGGGAAGGAAGAAGAAAGAAAAAAAAAUAAUAAGUAAAGAAGAGAGAAACUCAAAAGGUACGAAGAUGGAAUCAGAAUUCCAGCAACAUCACUUCCUUAUCCACCAACACGAUCAUCAACACCAAAGACCAAGAAACUCUGGUUUGAUUCGUUACCAAUCAGCACCGAGUUCUUAUUUCUCCAGCUUCGGCGAAUCUAUCGAAGAGUUCUUAGAUCGACCCACUAGUCCCGAGACGGAGCGAAUCUUAUCCGGCUUUUUGCAAACCACCGACACUAGCAACAACGUCGACAGCUUCCUUCACCACGCUUUCAACAGCGACGGGACUGAGAAGAAACCUCUGGAAGUUAAAACAGAGGAGGAGGAGUCGAUUGAGAUUCCGGUGACUGCUGCGACGGCGAUGAAUGUCGGAGAUGUUGAGAUUCCGGGGGAUUCUUAUGCUUUGGUUUCGAGGAAUUUGGGUCGGAAUAAGAGACCUAGAGAGAAAGAUGAUCGGACUCCUCCGGUGAAUAAUCUAGCUCGUCAUAAUAGUUCGCCGGCCGGAUUGUUUUCAUCCAUUGAUGUUGAAACAGCUUAUGCGGCUGUGAUGAAAAGUAUGGGAGGUUUUGGAGGGGGAAAUGUGAUGAAUACAAGCAAUACUGAAGCUUCGUCUCUUACUCCUAGAAGCAAGCUUCUUCCUCCAGUUUCUAGAGCGAUGAGUCCGAUCUCUGAGGUUGAUGUUAAGCCCGGUUUCUCGUCUAGAUUGCCGCCUCGGACACUUUCCGGUGGGUUUAAUCGAUCGUUUGGUAAUGAAGGGUCUGCUUCGUCUAAGCUUACGGCUAUCGCAAGGACCCAAUCUGGAGGUCUAGAUCAAUACAAAACCAAGGAGGAAGAUUCAGCUAGUAGGCGUCCUCCUUUGGCGCAUCACAUGAGUUUGCCCAAGUCUUUAUCAGAUAUUGAACAGUUACUCUCAGAUUCUAUACCGUGUAAGAUCAGAGCCAAGCGUGGUUGCGCCACUCAUCCUCGGAGCAUUGCUGAGAGAGUGAGAAGAACCAAGAUCAGUGAAAGAAUGAGGAAGCUGCAAGACCUUGUUCCCAACAUGGACACGCAAACAAACACAGCAGACAUGUUGGAUCUUGCGGUUCAAUACAUCAAGGACCUGCAAGAUCAAGUGAAGGCGCUCGAAGAGGCUCGGGCAAGAUGUAGAUGCUCUAGUGCAUGAAACUAGAAAUUCUCAGUAUGCGAGAGUGCUAGCCAGGGAGUGAUUUGUGCAUAGAAGUAUCGGUUCGGCCUUUCCAGAAAAAGAAGUCGAAGAUAGCAAAGUAGAGAAGAGAUCAUGAACAGAGCUAAAUUUGGUGGAUGAUGGUGAAAAGGGUUUUGUAAAGCUGGAACCUUUUUUUUUGGUAGGGAAGUUUGUGUAAUGGUCCGAACUCCAAAGCUAUUGUUAAGUUGUUCUUUCUUACACCCAGAGAAAAAAGAAAAGCAGAAGAGAAGUGAUGUACGUACAAUGAGAAGCUUCUUUUAUUGUAACUCCUGCAGGGUAAUUAGCUAUUUUUCUCUUUGUUAGAAUCAUAAACAGCCAUGUCUUUGUUACUUUUACCAAAAAUAAUAAGACAAGUUCAUAAAUCUUGAACA